GAGGCAGCGGCGAAUCGGGCGAGGACGAAGAUGCAUUGGAAGUGGUGCACAUAGACGAAGACUUCUUCUACAUGGUGCACGUCAUCAAUAUGGCCGCCGUGCUGCACUCUAUCGUGUCUCUGGCCAUACUUAUCGGGUACUACCAUCUUAAGGUGCCUCUAGCCAUCUUCAAACGUGAAAAAGAGAUCGCACGUAAACUAGAGUUCGACGGUCUCUACAUCGCGGAACAACCGGAAGACGAUGACCUGAAAAGCCAUUGGGACAGGCUCGUCAUAUCUGCCAAAUCUUUCCCUGUAAACUACUGGGACAAAUUCGUGAAGAAGAAAGUUCGAGCCAAGUACUCAGAGACUUACGACUUUGAUUCCAUCUCCAACAUGCUUGGAAUGGAGAAGACAUCUUUCUCUGCCCAGGAGGAAGAAGGCAGCAAGGGCUUGAUCCACUACAUAAUGAACAUCGACUGGCGCUACCAAGUGUGGAAGGCCGGCGUGACGAUCACCGACAAUUCGUUCCUGUAUUCUCUAUGGUACUUCUCCUUCUCCGUGAUGGGCAACUUCAACAACUUCUUCUUUGCUGCCCAUCUGCUGGACGUGGCGGUAGGGUUCAAGACCCUGAGGACCAUCUUGCAGUCUGUCACGCAUAACGGGAAACAGCUGGUACUGACGGUGAUGCUGCUGACGAUCAUAGUAUACAUCUACACGGUGAUCGCCUUCAACUUCUUCCGCAAGUUCUACGUUCAAGAGGAAGAUGACGAGGUCAACAAGAACUGCCAUGACAUGCUCACGUGCUUCGUGUUCAACUUAUACAAAGGUGUCCGCGCCGGCGGCGGCAUCGGCGACGAGCUCGAGCCGCCGGACGGAGACGACUCGGAAGUCUACCGCAUCAUCUUUGACAUAUCCUUCUUCUUCUUCAUUAUUGUUAUCCUGCUGGCCAUCUUGCAGG